UCCGUUCAGUUCGCUGUAGACAUUUUCCCGGUGCGGACGUGCGUUUGGCGGUGGAAAUUGUCGAGCACGCCGAAAAAGAAAAUACCACAAAUAGUUGCGCUCGGUGUAACGCUCGGUUUCUGCGGUUUCUACGGUUUCUGCGGCUCAUUUUUCGGUUUAUUUUUCGGCUUGUGCACUCUAAUUUCAUUAGCCGGAAGCGAAGGAAAGCGGGGAAAUGGAAGUGUGCCAGUAAGCCGGAAUCCGCUGAAGAACAGCGAGGAGCCAAUGAACUUGCUGACAACUUGAGACCAAGUGACCACGAGGAGGAGCAUCGGGGCAUCGGGGAAUCCCCUUUGGGCGGUCAAGGAAUCGGGCCACCAUGGGCGACCUACAGGCCACCAUCGAGUUCGUCGUGGAGCUGCACAAGUUCUUCAAUGUGGAUUUGUUUCAGCGCGGACUCUACCAGGUGCGCUGUGGCCUGCGUGUCUCACCCCGCCUGCCUGUGCAGGUGGAGACGAGCAUUCCGGAAGCCAGUGGACCCGGAAAACAGAACGGACACGCCAACGGCGCCAGCACCGACCACGGCAGCAGCGAUAGCGAGCGGGGCGAGCUCUCGCCGGGGGAAGUGCCACGCCUCCACGAGUCGUCGCCGGGGGGCAGCGGCUCAUCCGCCUCCGUUAUCAACGGCAGCGGUGCCUCGCGCAUCUUCCAGAUACUCUACCGCAACGAGGAGGUUCCGCUGCGCGACAUCAUCCACUUUCGCAGCCACUUGCUGGUUGACAGUCGGCACCUGAAGGAGUCCAUUGAACGGGCCGAGUUUUCGCUGCAGUUGGAGCUCUGGUUUGGGGAGCAGAACGGGUCGAGCAGCCUGAAUGGCAAUGGAAACGGCAGUGGGAUGGGCAGCUUCUCCGGACCCGCCAGCUCCGCCCUGACACUGGCCUCCACCAGAAACCUGCAGCUGAACUUUCAUCCGGGACGUGGCCUUCACUACCAUCUGCCGGUGCUGUUCGACUACUUCCAUCUGGCGGCCAUCAGUGUGGGCAUCCACGCCAGCCUCGUGGCCCUCCAUCAGCCGUACAUCAAGAAAAGCGUGUUCUCGUAUAUGAAAUUCUGUGCCCCUCGCAGUUCGAAGCCGUGGAGUGCGGGCAAGCUGAGCUGCAGGGGAAACACCUCGCCAGGACCCUUGGAGGCGGUGUUCUUCGGACCCCAGAUAGGAGGCACCACCAAGUGCAGCGGAGGACCCGCGGGCAGGCUGCUCCAGUCCAGAGCCAUUCAUCGCGAGAUCUGCUGCUUGCUACUAGGUGCCAUUGAGCAACUGAAGGCCACUCUGAACGAGUUCAGCACAGUGCUGCCGCCGAGUAUAAACUCCCAGAUUGGUUCACCACCUCUGCGGGAGAAUGACACGGGAGAGCGACUGCAACUUCUGCUGGACCAGGCCAAGCAACUCGAGGCGGAGGAGGAUUUCGCCAUUCGGGCCAACUCGGACAUAGCCCAACUGUGCGCGGAGAGCAUUUUCUGGUGGAGAAGGGUCCUCCUGGCCUCCAGAUCCUCGACGGCUGUGCACACCCUACUGGCCAGGAAACACCACAUACUGCGGGUGCGAAGGUUUGCCGAGGGCUUCUUUGUGCUGGAGCAACCGCGUCAUGCGGCAGCUGGGGGUUGUCAGGACCAAUCCAAUGGGUCACCCGCACCUGGCCAUUGCCAGGGAUACGUGGCUAUAGCGGAGCUGGCCAGGAGGAGUCGCUAUCUGCAAUCCCUGCCGCCGCUGCCAGUUCAUUGCACGCCCAUCGACGGUGACGCCUCGUCCCUGCCGCUGAUCUUCGAGGAUCGCUAUGUCACCCCCAAUAGCACCUAUGCCAGGAGAAGAUCGGGCAGUGAUCCUCAGCUAGAUGAAACAGUCGCCGUGGUUGGCGCUCAGAAGAAAAAGGUGGACAAAACUCACUCAAGCAGCAGCCUAAAUGGCAUCAAAGACUGUUUGGCCUGCCAUUUCGACUAUGAUUACCCGCAGACCAAUGGCUCGGGACCGGCUCAUCCGCACGCCAAGUGCGUGGUCACUCCGAGAUUCGCUUUGGGCGGGGAAGUGCUCCAGGCGAGUCUUACCAUUGCACCCAGCAAGGAAGCAGCUCCGGAAGCCGCCGUUCCGCCCACUCUGCGUCACAAUCUGUCCAGACACUCGGUCACCGGUUUGCUGGAGGAUCUCGACCUGGAUUCCAGUGUGCCAGCGCGGCACAGCAAGUCCCUGGACCAGCUCGAUGGCUGCGAAGGACUCACCACAAACCCAGUGAGCACGACCAACAACCACACUCUACCCCGACUCCAGGCGGACGAUCUGAUGAGGAACAUAUGUGAGUUUCGGCAGCGGUAUGGAAAGUUCGAUUACCUCCACGAGAUCAAGCUGCUGAAUCCGCCCAAGCAACAGCAACAUGCUGCUCCACAGCAGCAGCAGCAGUGCAACAACGGUUACAACUCCCUGCCCAAGUCGAUGGUUCCGCCGAGGAACUCCUAUCCACCGCCUCCUCCGAGUCAGCACACCACCAUGCCGAGAAGCAAUUCCUCGCAAAUACCUCGAGCCGUGGAGAUUGCCCGGGUGAGGGUCUCCGACAUCAAGGAGAUGUUGAGGCAGGGUCAGCUGAGGAAGGAGUCCAGCAGCUCGGAGAGCGACAUGAUGCAGAAGCUCCAGAUGCUGAGCUCGAACAGUGUGCCCUUCCGCUUGGAGGGAACCAGCAACAACAACACCACCAGCAGUGAUCCCAACACCAGUGGCUUCAGUGAAUCCCUGCCGAACUUGGCUCCGCCACCGGAAUUCGAUUCGGACUCGCAGUUGAGGCGGCAGAGGAGCAACUCCACUUCAUCGCUGAGCGAGGAGAGUGGCUGGGUGAGCAGCCGGAGGAGCUCCCUGGCCAUUUCCAGUCCGGAUACCAUCACCAGUACGGGUAUGACCAAUCGGCAGAGACACACCCAGCUCAACUUGGGAAUGGGCAUGGCCAUGGAGACUCGCCUGAAUGGAGAGCAGCUGAGAUUACGCCUACAAAAGGUUCUGGAACAGCAGCAGCUCCAGCAGCAGCACCCCCACAAGACCCGGAAAAGGCAGGCUGGAUCCUCCAGUCAGAGCAGAACACCAGCCCGCCAGCAGCCUGAGGUACACAAGAAGAUCUCCUCGGUGACGGUCAAUAUCAAGCGAGAGCGUUCCCGUUACCAGCUGGAUAGACUACGCCACCUGCCCAACGGGGAGUCCACGGAGGUGGAGGAAAUGGAGCCACCGCCGAGGAGGAAUCGCCACAAGACUGCCUGCGAGAAGUCCAAGUCGGAUUUCGAUAUCACAAGUCUGAAGGACAUGCAACCAUUGGAUGCAGUGUGCUUGCCACCUCCCCAGCAGUUCCAGGAUCAGGAGCAGGAGAUGGCACUGGUACUGGCUCCACCGCCACCCGAUGAGUUCCGUGAUCCGCCACCGGAGCCAGCUCCAGCAGCACCCAUAGCACCAGUUCCGCCACCUGCUGCACUGCCCCCAACGGGAAAGACCAAGAUCGUCGCUUGCCAUCUGCCGCCACCCUUGAAGGAGCGCCAGCCCAUUGGAGCCAUUGAUAAUCCAGUGUACCACAUCUACGAGUCACUGCGUCCCAUCUCCACGCCGGCCAUCUUCAGCAACAAGCCUGUGCUCAAGUCCCACAGCUUGGCGGAGUUGAAGAGACCCCAAAACCUCCCCAAUCAAUCGCUCAAUCACCAGUGCAAGACGCACGCGAUCAACGGCAAUGGGAUGGAGAAUGGUGUGGAUCAGGAGCAGGAUGAGAACAAGGAGAACUCCAAUGGCCAGGUGAGGGCCACCAAGCAGGGCCACAGUUCCAAUACCAAUACCAACUCCAAGCACAAGCGCAAGAGCCAAGUGGCCUCCGCCGUGCAGGAUGCUCCUCCCAGCAUCUCGCUGCUGGAGUUCGAGAAGUACCGCGAGGAGUUCCGCAAGCAGAUCAAGUACCAGGGCAGCAUAUACUCCGACUACGUGCAGCUGGCCUCCGAACUGCCCUACUUCUACAUCAGCGACGAGUACCGCGCAUUCUCGCCCAACGGAAUGCACCUCGUCAUCUGCGUCCACGGGCUGGAUGGCAACUCGGCGGACCUGCGACUGGUGCGCACCUAUCUGGAGCUGGGGCUACCCGGUGUAAAUCUGGAGUUCCUCAUGUCGGAGAGGAACCAGGGAGACACCUUCUCUGACUUUGACACCAUGACUGAUCGGCUGGUUACCGAGAUACUCUACCAUAUCGAUAGCUGCGCCCUGAAUCCCGCUCGCAUUUCAUUCGUGGCCCAUUCGCUGGGAACGAUCAUUGUGCGGAGUGCCCUGGCCAGGCCCCAAAUGAGGCCCUUGCUCCCGCGCCUGCACACCUUCCUCUCGCUCUCCGGACCACACCUGGGAACACUCUACAACACCAGUGGAUUGGUGAACAUGGGAAUGUGGUUCAUGCAGAAGUGGAAGAAGUCCGGAUCCCUGCUGCAGCUCUGCAUGCGAGAUACCACCGAUAUGCGGAAUAGUUUCCUGUACAGGCUGAGCCAAAGGAGCACCCUGCACCAUUUCAAGAACAUCCUGCUCUGCGGUUCUAGCCAGGAUCGCUAUGUCCCAGCGCACUCGGCUCGAUUGGAGCUCUGCAAGGCGGCAAUGCGGGAUAGCUCCUCCUUGGGCACCAUUUACAGGGAAAUGGUGCACAAUAUUAUAGCUCCGAUUUUGGCCAGGCCCGAACUGACUUUGGCCCGCUUCGAUGUCCAUCAUGCGCUGCCCCACACGGCCAACACUUUGAUCGGUCGAGCGGCUCACAUCGCUGUCCUGGACUCGGAGUUGUUUAUUGAGAAGUUUAUGCUGAUCGCAGGCCUGAAGUACUUUAGUUAACCAGCUCACUGAGUUGGCCCAAAACACUGCGGACAUAAAGGUCUGCGGACAACUAACAAUUAAUUUCAUUAAAUAUAGAGAUUAUUUUCUAAUAAGAAUUUUAAUUUAAAAACUUUUGUUUUGUUAAAUUUUUAAGAUACUUUUUAAGUUCCAAACAAUAAUGCGGUUUUUGUUUUCCUCAGUUGUAUAUAUUCAAAGUUAAGAUAUUUUUUUUUAACUUUCGAACAUUUAAUUUGCCUUACCUUUUGUUUUGUAAGCGGAACUUUUAAAUACACAGGGUACUCAUACAUAAAUAUGUAGAAGACAAGAGAAGAACCACAGUCAUCAGAUCAGCCAAAUAAUUCCAAUUGAUCAGCGAUUGGAACAAGGAAUUUAUUGAAGCAAAUCGUUAGACUUGAAUUUUUUACAAAUGAAACUCUUUUGUAGCGAAUUGAAUACACUCAGAUACGAACAAAUCAAAAACCAAAGAAUGUUUAAUCAAAAACCUAUAACCAAAACCAAAGUCAGCAUAAUGUUGAAACACACGCGUUAAUGAUAAUUACAUGUUUAGCUAUAAGAGUUGAGCGCAUACGAAGCAAAAACAAAAGCCAAAGACAUCAUAAGUAGUGUUAAAUUCCAGUUCAAAACUAUACACGAGACUUUUUUGAAACGGUUGAAUUGCAAAUGGGAAGUGAACGAAAACAAGAACGAUCAUGUUAAGUAUACGUAAACUAUCGAAAGUAGUUGAGCACGGGAAGGAAGGGUGCAAGGUUGCAUUUUGAUGAAAGUAGCGAAAUAGUGUUAGCAAUUUUUAAGACUAAUCAAAACACAAACAGAGACAAAAUGGUUUUUUCCAAAUCUUUUUACUGCUAGAAGAGAGAACAAAUUUAGAAGAACUAGAGAUAAAGUAGAGGUAGCGUUGAACUAGUCGAGUUGUUAGUAGUUGAGUGCAUUAAUGGAUCGUCAAUUAGGUGGAGGACUGGACGAUGUAGAGGUUUGUUUGCAGAUUUCAACUUUUCAUUGGGGAACAAGAUCGGUAACGUAGCGUAGAGCAGUUAGGACAAAGAACUUUGCAAAUUUAUAGUCUAGUCUAAGCCAUAAUUCUGUGUUUUCUGAGCUUUUUCCAAUUGCUGUUGUGAACUACUACUAUUUGUGACCCUUCCAGAAAUGCAUUCUUUUUACGUGUAUAACCGUCCUUAAUGUUAUGACGAAAAACGAAAAGUGUAUCUGGUUUUAAAAAUGUUUGUGUGCAUCUAAAAAUUGAAUGUGUGUUAAAAUAUUUCCUAGGGCACCACGAUUUUACUACAUGUAUUCGACCUAAUUGUGCAAAUUCCCCUAAGUUGCAGUUUAAACAUUUCUUUACGAAUAAAAUAUGCUAAAAUCCAAUUUUAGUGGAACAUAA